ACUGCCAACAGAGAGAGCAGAGAGGAAGGAAGGCUCCAUAAAAGAUCCACGAGGACAAAAUCUGAGAAAAUCAGCGAUAUGAUGUUUCCACAGCUGGUUCUGGUAACGGUUCUGGGGCUCACAUGGACGACAGUCACUGGACUGCCCUGCACUCAGAUGUUCCCCUCUCAGUCGCCACCUUCCAAUGUUAACAGUGUUAAGCCCUCAGAUGUGGCUGUACUCUCCUCCAUUGGACUCCACAUGCAUAGCACUGAGCUGUCCACAGUGGUGUCAAGACUCAGUGAGCUGAUGACCUUGUUCAAUCCGGCACUGAUCAAUCCUCAUCAAUCAGACGAAACAAAUCUGUACGGCCCUCAGUUUGUACAACACAGCACGCUGGUGGAGCAGGCCAAGGAUGUGUCCCUCUACCUCCAAAACAGUCAGGUCAUUGAUGUUGACAGAGACUGGAAGCUGCUUCUUCUCUUUGUUCAGAUGGAUCGGCUCUGUGCCUGUGAGCAGGUUCAGUCUGUCAUCAAAGCCGUAGUUGAAGAGGUGGAUGAUGCUCUGCAGUUGUUGCACUCUCAGCUGAAGCGGACCAUCGUCUGUGUGGCAUUGUGGGAUGGAGAGCAUGACAGGUUCUACAACAAGAUGUGUCCAUGCAUGGGGACAAACAGUGAAGGAGAAAUCAGACUUCAGAGGGCCAUGCUGAGUCAGGCUCUGCAGGAGUCCUUGGAUCAACUCUUGGUGAAGAAGCGCUGGUACGGAGAUAGAGAUGACUUCACUGUCAUUGUGCAGGACACACCUUUAAUCACAGACCCUUCAUCUAGUGGGAAGCCUCUCUCUGAGUCGCAAGCGUCACAACAAACUGAUAACCUGAUGGUGCAGAUGUGGACAAACCUGCUGCAGCCCACAAGUGGCCAACACAGCACAGAAGACAAUGGAAAGAUCAUUGCAUUGCCAUGUCCAACUGAGGACCGGCCCUUCCUGAGGACGGAGGGAAAUUCUCCUUCAUAUCACCACAGCGAUGCCUCUCCUCUCCUUCUCCCAUUUACAGGUACAGAGAUGCCCUGUGAGGACUUUAGCCCCUCAUCCCCCACACCCAGCUCAGUCCAUGAACUCAGGCCUGGAGAUAUCAAAGUGGUGGCUGCUGUGGGAGACUCUCUGACAGCAGGAAAUGGUAUAGCAUCCAGACCUAACAACGUCCUGGAUGUCCUGCGUCAGUACAGAGGUUUAUCCUGGAGUAUCGGUGGAGAUGAAAACCUCACAACUGUCACCACGCUGCCCAACAUCUUAAAACAUUUUAACCACAACUUGACGGGCUACUCUGUUGGCAUGGGCAAGCAGCAAACUCCUGAGGCUUUCCUCAACCAGGCCGUAGCCGGAGCUAAGAGCAAGGACAUACCACAACAGGUCCGAACCCUGGUAGCAAGGAUGAAGAAUGACUCUAGAAUCAAUUUUGAAUCAGAUUGGAAGGUGAUCACCAUUUUUAUCGGUGGAAACGACGUCUGUGACCAUUGCUACAACUCUCUGUUCUACUCUGUAGAUAAUUAUGCCCGCAAUGUUCGCAACAGCCUGGAUUAUCUACACAAAGAGGUGCCUCGGGCUCUGGUGAACUUAAUAGAGCCUCUCCUUAUUACCCCACUGAGAGAAAUGCACAUGGACACUUCACUUAAAUGCCCAACAUGGCUGGUAAAUAUACUGUGUCCAUGCGUUAUCCUGCCAAAGGCCAACUCUAAAGCCCUUCAAAUGGUGGAGGACAUCAAUAGAGGCUAUCAGCGUUCACUGCGUGAGCUUGUGGAGUCCGGUCGCUAUGACACUCGCUCAGACUUCACUGUGGUCGUCCAGCCUUUCUUCAGAGACCUCAUCUUCCCCAGACUGCCGGAUGGCCGUGCUGAUCGCUCUUUCUUCAGUGCUGAUUGCUUCCAUCUCAGCCAGAAGGCCCAGACGCUGAUGGCUCGCUCCCUCUGGAACAACAUGCUGGAACCUCUGGGCAGUAAGACUUCCGUACAGGAUUUUACUGCAGACAUUAACCUGAAAUGUCCAAACAAGACUUCCCCAUACAUACGGACCUACAACAACAGCAAUUACAUGUAUGCUGGUCCCUCUCCGACACCUGGACCUAUCGCAAACUGGGGAAGUGACUUCUCUUGUGUGGACCUUGCUCCAUCUGACACUGUGCCAACCUCAGUUCACAAGCUGAGACCAGCAGACAUCAAGGUGGUGGCAGCACUGGGAGACUCUUCAACGGCAGGUACUGGCGCUAAAGCAAAGAACCUCUUUGAUCUCAAUAAAGACUACAAAGGAGUAUCGUGGAGCAUCGGAGGGGAUAAAACUCUGGAGACUGUUACAACACUACCAAACAUCUUGAAGAAGUUCAACCCCUCCUUAAAGGGUUUCUCCAGAGGCCAGGGCUCACUACAGAAGGGUCUUAACAUGGCUGUACCUGGAGCUAAGACCUCAAAGAUCCCAGAACAAGUCCAAGGUCUCAUCAAGGCCAUGAGAGAAAAUAAGCAGGUGAAUUUUGAAAAGGACUGGAAACUUGUGACAAUAUUCGUUGGAGGGAACGAUCUUUGCUACUACUGCAUGGACCAAAAUAACCUGUCACCCAAGAACUAUAGUCACAAUCUUAUGAUCAGUUUGGACAUGCUUUACAAAGAGGUACCAAGGUUGCUGGUUAAUGUCGUGGAGCUCUUGCAGAUAGACCCACUGAAGACAGUUAAGAGGAACACACUUGGCUGUUCCCUCUUGCAAAGGACCAACUGUCCUUGUGUUAUCAACCCAGUUGAAAACUCCCCAGAGCUCGAAGAGAUCAAACGCAUCAAUCACGAGUAUCAGGCUGAGAUCCAGCAACUUAUUUCUGGAAAUCGCUACGACAGAAAGGAAGACUUUGCUGUUGUCCUUCAACCCUUUUUACACAAUUCCUUUAUCCCUCAUAUUGGAGUGGGUGAGGCUGACUCGAGUUUCUUCUCUUUGGACUGUUUUCACAUCAGCGAGCGAGCUCAUGCUGAGAUGGCCAUUUCCCUGUGGAACAACAUGUUGGAGCCCGUAGGCAGAAAACAGGCCUACAAUAACUUCACAUAUGACCGCUCCAAGAUUCACUGUCCCUCUGAGGCCAGUCCCUUCAUCUUCACUAAGGUCAACAGCCUACCACCAGUGACCCCCAACCCUUCCACAACCAGCUCUCCUGUGUCAGACUCCACCAUCAGCACUGUAACAACCAUCCCUGUGCCCAAGUGUCCCUCCUCUAUGCCUGUGUGGGUGCCAGUGAUUGUGGGAAUCGUCAGCUUACUGGCUGGUGUUACUGUUGCCUGGCUAAUUCUGUCCUGCUGUCGGCGUCGUGAAAACAAAGCGGAGAGAGUGGUAGAAAUGAAAGGGACUGGUUUUUAAUGCAGUUGUUCUUGUCAAGCUGUGUUUAUUAUCAACAAUAUAUAGUUAAGCUUUAAAGCUGCAGCACACAUUUUAGGCCACUAGAGGGCAGAAAAGUAGACUCCAGAACAAAACACCCAGCAGAAACAGGCACCUGUCUGAAUGAAAAUCAAAUAUUUAGUCGCAUCGGAGUCCUGGUUUGAGCCACUGGUUCUUGACAAAAUGAUCUGUCUCUCUUUGUUCUUUGAGAUGUUUGACUUUAUUCACUAGCAGCUUGUUUACUUAAGCUCUCAGCUGUUUUACUGGAGCCAGAUAGCAUGCAGCACGUCUGAAAUUGUGCUGUGAGAGCAGCUGUUAUUUAAGGAGUGACAGUGUGAGCUCGUGAAACUCAACCCAACAAACAAAAACAAUGGCAUUGGCAGUACUACAUUAGCAGUCUGUUUACCUUAGAGACUAAUGUGAUUAGUUAGUUCAAAAAAUAUUACUUAAUGGUGCGUAAAACAAACAAGUAUGUAAAACAUUUGUAAUUUUUAUACUGCUCUGAAAUUGAGAAAUGUUCUAUAUGUAAUUGACAGACCUUGUUGAAUCCAGAUGUUUUGUACAUUUGUCUUUACUUAUUUUUAUUUAUUGAUAAAAUAAAAUUACAAUGCUCGAA